GUUUCGAAUCCAAGAGGCAUGUCCCCCCUGCAGCCUCAGAAGCCCAAGAUGGCCAGAUCAAACGACACAACAAUGAUCCUGAAGCCCAUCAAAUCCCCGGGUGUGGGCAAAAAGACAAAAGUCACGCCGCUCAAAAAGGGUGAGCUGGCGCCACACUCAAGAGGUCAGCAGGAUACUAACACUCAAGCAGUACCACGACAGGAUAGUCCUAGGGCGAAUGAUCCCCUCAACUUCACCUCGUAUCGUCCUGACCAGGAGCAUUGGUCAUGGAACAACCUUCCAGAAGUCCUAUAUCAACUGAAGCCCACCGAGAAGAGAAAGAAAGGACCCGAGCCGUCUCUCCUGACCUACCAAAUCCACGGCGAGUACCUGCGGGACCUUCCCGUGCUUCCCGACAAUAUUGCAUCCAACGUCGAGGAAUUCCGCGUCGAAGCCUGGAUGCGUCUCGAUAGACGUAUCCAGCUGAGGAAUAUCAAGGACAGAAUGCACAAGGAUUUCAGAGUCUCGGAGAAUACCUUGCAGCAGCGCAAUGGCCGGUUUCGCCAGCACAUGAGAAUGUUGGCUUGGGAUUCUGGAAACAGAAAGAGUCAAGAGUUCGAGGCCGAGUUGAUGAAAGAUCUGUUGGCGAAUGAUAUCGACCCCUCGCUCAAUUCAACCCGGGGCAUCACGCCUGGCCUCAUUAACCCCGUGCUUGGAGAGGCUGGGGGUAGAAUUGCCCUCCCCACUGAGUACAAGCGACGUGAAAUAAUUGAGGGGCGAUCAAGCACUUCAGAAGAAGGCAACAGCUUGGAGGAGUCAAAGGAAGAUGCCCGCAAGGCGUCUAUUUCAACCCAGGUGAAGAGAGCUCGUGCAAGAGACCCGAUGCCUCCCCCUUCUUUUGGGUGCUUUCCACAGGAGCGAGAGCCAUGGCCGGAAACUGCACUUCCGGAGAGCAUUCGUGGAAUAUUCAUCGACCAAAUGCUGAAGAGAUGUUUCAGGGGCGAAGGGUACCUCUUUCAACUGCCGUAUAUGUGCGAAGCUUCUGAUCCGAACGUCUGA